CCGGGACGGCGGGAGCUUCCGGUCUUGGCGGUGGCGGGAGCGGUUUGAAGCUGUGCUGGUCGGCGAAAUAUGUCUCAGGAACGCGCGGCCCCGGCGAGCGCGGCUCCCCUGGAGGAGUUAAGCGGCUGGACCGAGGAGCUCUGCCGCCGGGAACUGCCGUCCGUGCUGCCCCGGCUCCUUUCUAUGUAUCAGCAUUCCGACAGUUGGAUCGAGCAUAUUCAAAUUCUGAAGAUUAUUGUGGAAAUGUUUUUACCUCAUAUGAACCACCUGACACUGGAACAGACUUUCUUCUCACAAGUGCUGCCAAAGACUGUGAAAUUAUUUGAUGACAUGAUGUACGAGUUAACCAGUCAAGCCAAAGGACUAUCAAGCCAUAAUUUAGAAAUCCAGACCACUCUAAGGAAUAUUUUACAAACAAUGGUGCAGCUCCUAGCAGCUCUUACAGGAUGUGUUCAGCAUGUCUGUGCCACACAGGAAUCCAUCAUUCUAGAAAAUAUUCAUAGUCUUCCCUCCUCAGUCCUACAUGUAAUCAAAAGUACAUUUGUACAUUGUAAGGCUAGUGAAUCUAUCUAUUCUGGACAUUUACACCUAGUUUCAGACCUUCUCCAGGCUCUUUUCAAGGAGGCCUAUUCUCUUCAAAAGCAGCUAAUGGAACUACUGGAUAUGGUAUGCAUGGAUCCUUUAAUAGAUGAAAAUGAUGAUGUUUUGAAUAUGGUAAUAGUUAUUCAUUCAUUGUUGGAUAUCUGCUCUGUUAUUUCCAGUAUGGACCAUGCGUUUCAUGCCAAUACUUGGAAAUUUAUAAUUAAGCAGAGCCUUAAGCACCAGUCAGUUAUAAAGAGUCAGCUGAAACACAGAGAUAUAAUCACUAGCUUGUGUGAGGAUAUUCUUUUCUCCUUCCAUUCCUGUUUACAGUUAGCCGAGCAGAUAACACAGUCAGAUGCACAGGAUAAUGCUGAUUAUAGAUUAUUUCAGAAAACACUCAAAUUGUGUCGUUUCUUUGCUAACUCCCUUUUGCACUAUACUAAGGAAUUUCUUCCUUUACUUUCUGAUUCUUGCUGUACAUUGCACCAGCUUUAUCUUCAGAUACACAGCAAGUUUCCUCCCAGCCUAUAUGCUGCCCAGAUCUCUAAAGCACAACAGGAGGAAAUAGCGAGUACUUUCCUAGUUACACUGGAUCCACUCAUCAAUCAGCUUCUCACGUUCCAACCUUUUGUACAAGUGGUUUUGGACAGUAAAUUAGAGCUGCCGAGUGAACUACAGUUCCCACAAUGUCUUCUGCUGGUUGUCAUCAUGGAUAAGCUGCCGUCUCAGCCUGAGAAUGUGCAGGCCCUGUGGUGCACGGAAAACCAGCUCACAGAAGCUACAGCCAGGGUAUCUCUACUCAAAGCCAUUUUCUACAGUUUUGAGCAAUGUGCUGGUGAACUGUCUCUGCCUGUUCAUUUACAAGGAAUAAAGAGUAAAGGGCAAAUGGAAGUUGCUGUCACCUUGUAUGAGCAUGUUUGCGUUCAUCUGUGUACAUUUAUUACUUCCUUUCAUCCUUCACUGUUUCCUGAACUGGAUGUUGCCCUAUUGAAUGCUGUGCUUAGUGCUAACAUGAUCACCUCUUUGUUAGCUAUGGAUGCGUGGUGCUUCCUUUCCCGAUAUGGGACUGCUGAACUCUGUGCCCACCAUGUCACCAUAGUGGCUCAGCUGAUAAAAUCCUGCCCUGGAGAGUGCUAUCAGCUUGCCAACCUAUCAGUACUGUUGAGGCGGCUCUUCUUCUUCAUGGCUCCAUCACAACAGGUGGAGUUUAUCCAGAAAUUUUCUCCUAAAGCAGCAGAAAAUCUGCCUCUGUGGCAGUGUAUUUCCCUGCAGGCAUUACCAACCGAGCUCAGGAAGCAAGCUGCAUGUGAUAUCACCAGAGUCGGGAUUGCACAGUGUCAGGAGUGGCUAAGCAAUAGUCGGACUUUGGGAGAACUUGAAUCUCUGAACACACUGCUCUCUGCUUUGCUUGCUGUAUGUAAUUCUGCUAGUGAAGUUCUGGAUAUUGCACAGCAAACUGCAAUUAUGGAAAUUGGGAGUCAGCUUUGGGCUUUUUUAAACCCUAAACUGGUAACAGGUCAACCUUAUAUUCAGCAGACACUUAGUUUUUUGCUUCCACUGUUGGGAGUUUUCGUUCAAACUCUAGAUCCUCAUCUGAUAAGUCAGGUAGUAACUUUACAGACCUCACUGCUUAAAUUAGAGCCUCCUGACCAUGUUUGUUUGGCAGUGCUUGAUUUUGUAUCUUCUCUAGGAAAAUUUUUUAUACCUCAAGCUUUUCAGGACAAAAUUCUGCCCAACUUGUCUUCUAUUUUUGACUUCCUGCUAGCUGACAGGAAUUGGAUAAUAGAACAACAUACCUUGGAGGCAUUUACUCAGUUUGCCGAGGGAACAAAUCAUGAAGAAAUAGUUCCACAAUGCCUCCGUUCUGAAGACACUAAGAACAAAGUAAUAUCCUUUCUGGAGAAGACUGGCUUUGUAGAGGAAACUGCAGCUGCUGGAGUGGAACGUGUGAAACAGGAAAAAGGCAUUUUCUGGGAACACUUGGCUAAAGUUCCUGUAGAAGAAGCAAAGUGGUCAUCUUUACAGCCUUAUUCAAAAAGAGCCCGUCAUGAGUUCCCCUUGGAAGAAGAGUAUAGGUCAGCAUUGCAAGCAGCAUCAGGGGCCCUGGAGGCAAUUGAGUCAUUACUCCAGAAGUCUCCUGCUCCAGAAUGGUUUCUAAUGAAAAUGGAGACCCUCCAAGAAAGGAUUGAUGAGCUAAAACGACGUGUACUCUAGGGUGGCCCUUAAAUGGAUUGG